AUGAUGCAGACAACUACAGCCCUUGUGGCACACAAGCUUGAUGGUCGGUUUGCGCUUCAGGAAGUACACCUGGACUCGCUUCAACCAAAUGAGGCUCUUGUCGAGAUACAUGCAUCAGGUAUCUGCCAUACAGAUCUUGGGUGUGCUAGUGGCAAGUUCACAUGUGUACCAGGCGCGGUUCUUGGUCAUGAAGGAGGAGGUGUAGUGCUCGAGACCGGUUCAAAUGUCACUUCCGUUACUAAAGGGGACAAAGUUCUUCUUUCAUUCUCCUCUUGCGGCUCUUGCCCGGGCUGUGCAUCAGAUCACCCGGCAUACUGCUAUAGCUUCAAUGACUACAAUUUCGGCGGAAAGCGCCCGGAUGGCUCUACCGCCAUGUUCACCAUGAAAGAGGGAGAGAAGCAGCCAGUCUACAGCACCUUCUUCGGCCAGAGCUCCUUCGCACGGCACACGAUAGUCCAUCGCUCGAGUAUCGUCAAGGUACCACAGGAGACGCCGCUCAGCCUCUUUGCACCACUGGGUUGUGGUAUACAAACGGGUGUUGGUGCUAUCUUCAACACUCUCGAUGUGAAGCCUGGGAGCUCGGUGGCAGUUUUUGGCGUUGGAUCGGUCGGUUUGGCUGCUGUCAUGGCUGCAAAGGCGCGAAAGGCUGGUACCAUCAUCGCCAUAGAUCUACAGCCAGGUCGACUUGACCUCGCCAAGGAAUUAGGUUCUACCCAUGGCGUGCUCGGUCCAGAUCAAGAGGCUAUCAUCAAGUCGAUUCGGGACAUUUGUCCCCGUCUUGGUGUUGACUUUGCUGUGGACUGUACUGGUGUGCCCUCUAUAAUCGAGACUAUGGUCUCGGCACUAGGAAUGAGAGGAAGGGCUGCAACAGUUGGUGCGCCUGGUGGAAAUUCCAAAGCCAAGAUAGAUAUCAUGAGUCACCUCACUUAUGGCAAGGAAUAUGUGGGCUGUUCCGAGGGUGACAGUAACCCAACAGUUCUCAUCCCGCAACUAAUAGAGAUGCAUUCGCAGGGGCUUCUACCCCUUGAAAAGCUAAUCUCUUAUUAUGAAAUAAAGAACUACGAAACAGCUGUCGAGGAUAUGGAGAGUGGAAAGGUGGUCAAAGCUGUCUUAACAUGGACAUGA